GAGGGAGAGGGGCUUUCGCUUCUCCUUUCUCUACUUCUCCCGACUGAGAGCUUCUUUCAACCCCGGUUCACUCCCAUGGAAGGGAGCACUCGGAAUCCUUCCAGGGUGGAGGGCUCCGCCCGCGCGGACGCUCGCCCCGCCGACUGGAGGUCCGACCUCAACGCCGAGUCGCGGCAGAGGGUCGUCGGCAAGAUAAUCAGCUCUCUAAAGAAACACUUCCCACCAGGUGCUUCUGAGGGUCUAAGUGAUUUUCAGAAACUUGCUGUUCGAUUUGAGCAAAAGGUUUACGCUGCAGCUACUAGCCAGGAUGAUUAUCUGAGGAGAAUUUCUGCAAAAUUGCUUACAAUGGAAACAAGAGCUCAAAAUGGUGCUGGAAUUAAUUCUUCACCAUCAGUCCUUGCUACUGAGAGCCAAAAUUUAGCUGAUCCAGGAAUUGGCACAAAAGAGUCUUCUCCAACCGCAUCGCUUGGUAUACAGUCACAAGUUAGCUAUGAAGGGCAAUCAUUAGCUAUGUCUCAUGUGAAUCAGUCUCCAGUGCUGCCACCACUCUUGCCCCAGAAUCAUCAGCACAAAGCCACAUUAGCCACUACACAGGGGUCUGCCAGUCUUUCUCAUACGAUGUCAUCUGUUUCAGGAUUCAGCCGGUCCACUGUGGCUAAUGCUGAUCAGACCUCUCAUUUCCAGAGCAUAUCAAGCGUAUCACAGAACUUUGUUAGUAGUUCUGCAGGGCAAGGUUUAACACCAGAAAGAUAUGCCAAUGGACAAAGGCAGAAUUGGGGUAGGCAACAACAACCACAGGCAUUCAUUUCCCAACAACAUCAACAGCAAUCACAAAACACAUUUGUUUACCAACAUGAGCUUCAGCAGCAAAUUCUGAAACAGAAUGUUUCUCAUCCUUCACUCUUGCAAGCACAGAUCCAACAGCAGCAUCUGCAGCAGCAGCAGCAGAAUUUUUUGCAUCUUAACCAAGUGAAAUCUUCUCAGCAACCUUCAAUGCAAAUGACAUCCAGUCUUCAAUCAGGCCAGUCCAUGGUCCAUCAGAUGCGGCCUACAGUUACACAGUCAGCUUCACAACCCAACCUUCAGAAAAAUCAAAUCCAACAGUGUGUACCAUCUUCACUUAAGCAACAUCCACAGUUAGUUGCAAGACAGAAGAAGCAGGCACAACCUAUUAUACACCAACAAUCAUCUUCACUUCAGCAGGAGUGUACUUCUGUUCCUCAACAAUCUAUCUUGUCGUCAUCACAGAAGCUAAUGGGUCAGCACUCAAGUAUCUCAGAUAUGCAACAUUCCAAGCUACUUGGACAACAAAAUAGUGCCUUGAACAUGAAGCAGCAGCAGAAAAGACUACCAGGCCAGAAAACUAGUUUGAUAAGCAUGCAGCAAGCACAACCAGAGUCGAGUCAACGGAUUAUAUCUUUACAUCAGCAGCAGCAAUUAAGGUCGCAAAGUAACAUUUCCGGACUGAAGCCGCAACUGCAACCACAUCAACAGCAACAGCGGCAGUUGAUAUUUGGAUCCCAUUCUAGUGCCUCAAACAUGCAGCCAAAUGAAUGCACAGUGCCUUCCUCACAACAAACAAAGGCUGUAACACAGCAACGAAUCCAGCAGCCAACUGUUACAUUCUUACAAUCACAAGGUCGGCUGUCCCAAUACCAGUCAUCUCAACAACAACUGAUGCCUCAGGUUCAGUCUCAGCCUCCACGAUUGCAUCAACAGUUGGCUAUGCAUCAGCAGCCAAAUUUGUUACAACAAGAGAUGCAACAAAGGCCUCAAUCUUCAGGCGCACUGCUUCAACCUCAAAAUUUGAUUGAAGAGCAGAGACCAUAUAUUCAGUCACAAAGAGGGCUUCCAGAGGCAACAUCUAAUACAUUGGUGGAUUCUACAGCACAGAUUGGAAAUGCAGAUGUCGUUGAUCGGCAAGAGGAAAUCUAUCAAGAGAUAAUGUCCUGGAAGAAGUACUCUACAGAGCUCAAUGAAUUCAAUGGAAGGAUUACUCUGAAGAUUGCGCAGUUUCAUCAUGAAGGUGUCAAUGCGGCGGCAACAAAACAAUCAAAACAGUUUGAAAAAGCAAAAUCGUGCCAGUCUGCAUCACGGCUCAUAUUAAAUCUUUUACAUACAUCUAAGAGCAACAUCAAUUCUGAUGUGAUGAGGAAGUUUCCUUUGCUUCAGAAUUUUAUGAGCAAUUUCAUAAAUUCAAGAAAGAAUAGGAGUGUUCCUUCUCAGCCUCAGGGACAUUCUCAGUCCAUGCCACAGCAUCUACCAUCUCAAGUUUCUCAGCUGCAGCAGCAUGAUAAUCAUGUAAACGAGGUGCAACGGAUAAACUUGCCGUGCUCGGUAGCAUCAAUGCAGUCAGCUGCUGCACCAAGCAUGCAGCUUGGAUCCAUGCCUUUAUCAACGGCUGUUAAUGUUCCAACAACACAGCAGAACAUGGCAAAUACACUGCAGCCAACUCCUAGCUUGGAUCCAACGAAGCAAGGAUCUUUGGACUCCAUGAAACAGGGAACUGUGGGCUUGGUGCAACAGGAUGAUGUUGGAUCCUUGCAGACUACCAUCAGUGCAUCUCAACAGCUACAUCAAGUGACACAGUUGCCGCUGCACCAGAUGCCACAGCAUCAAAAAAAUGAUGUAAAUGAGUUGAAGGGGAGACAAAGCUCUGGCAUCAAAUCAGGAUUAUAUCAACAACAUUACCCUUCAGGUCAGCACCAUAAUUAUUCUCAUCAACAACUUAAGGCAGGUGUCUCUUUUCCAAUUUCUUCUCCUCAAAACCUUCAACCUACUUCACCUCAAGUUUCUCAGCAUUCAUCGCCUCAAAAAAUUGAUCAGAACAUUCUAUUGUCAUCUCUUCCAAAAGAGCAAACACCUUCGCAGUCUGCAAACUCAACCUUUAUUUCGUCUCCUUAUGCUCCCACAACUCCCUCUCCAGUACCUGGAGAUCCUGAGAAACAUUUUAGCAUUUCAUCAUUAUCAAAUGCUGUAAUUAUUGGACAUCAACAAGCAUUUUCUUCCCCUCAAAGUCAUCCUAUUACUAUCUCUACACCUGGGAUUUCAGCCUCACAAUUGCUUGAAGAAUUUUCGAGUCCAGAUGGGUGUGAGGCGAAUGUUGUAUUUACAACUCUGGGCAAAUCAAAUGCCAAAGAACAGCCUAUAAAUCGCUUAAUCAAAGCGGUACAAUCCUUAUCACCAAAGAAGCUGAGCUCCUCUGUUAAUGAUAUUCGCUCUGUUAUCAGCAUGAUUGAUGGAAUACCAGGCUCAGCACCUGGAAAUGGUUCCAGAGCUGCUCUUGGUGAAGAUUUAGUUGCCUCAACAAAUUUCCAUUUGGAAGCUCAGGAACUCAUGUCACAGGAUGGAAAUAAUAUGACAAAAAAAUUGAAGCGUGAUAUAACUGCCAGGCCCUUGAAUGUUAUGCCAUCAGCUGGCAGCAUGAGUGAUAGUUUCCAACAAUCUGAACUUGAAUCAACUUCAACAUCCAAUUUCAAGAGACAAAAAGUUGAGGUCAACCAUGCUCUACUGGAAGAGAUCAACGAGAUAAAUCAAAAAUUGAUUGGUAUGGUGAUAACUGCAAGUGAAGAUGCUGAUAUGGUUGCUGCUGCAGCUGGGGGAGAAGGGACAGUUAUCAAAUGUUGUUUUAAUGCUGUGUUUCUUUGUCCGAACUUGAAAUCACAGUUCGCUUCAGAUCAGAUGUCUCCAAUUGUGCCUCUGAGGAUUCUCAUUCCUACCAAUUAUCCAAAAUCAUCCCCCAUACUUCUAGACAUGUUACCAAGCGAACUGAGCAAGGAGUUCGGAGAUCUUUCUGUCAAGGCAUGGUCAAGGUUCAGAAUGUCCCUCCGUGACCUUCCACAGCCCCUUUUGCUUAGAGAAAUCGUAAAGACAUGGGAUGCCUGUGCACACAAAGUUAUUGAUGAGUACGCUCAGCAAACCGGAGGCGGUAGCUUCAGCUCUAGGUUUGGUGCUUGGGAGAAUUGUGUCAGUUCGUGACCGUGCUGCCAUCAACAACAUGGAUUUCUGAGGUCUUAUGGGUAUUUAGCCAUAAUUAACUAAUCAUCAUGAUGGCCAUUUUUAUGAAGGAUGCCUGUUGAAGACCAUAAAAAUUUGAACAAGGGAGUUAGCAAACAAACAGCUGGGGACAACAAUUUCUUCUGAAUUUUUGCUAAUUGUAAUUCAUUUGUCAUAGGUCCCAUAUAUAUAUUUUUUCUUGUGUUAUUUAGAAAGCAACAACCUGGCAUUCUUGGGGUUUCAUAUGCAGAUUCAACAGCUGCAUUAGUGCACUCGAGAUGGAAUCAAUGUCAUAUAUUGUGUGACAUAGACUGUUUAGUCUUCUUGUUAUGCCAUAUUGAUUAUACAAUAUACUGGUUCAAACCUGGUUUCAGACAAUUUCUUUUUUACAUUAAAAAAUGAAAGUGUACAUAA